GUCUUAUUAGAGGUUGUGGUCGUGAAAAGUCACAUUUUUCAGCACAUGAUAGACGACCAUUUCGUUGGCUUGUGUUGUUCGCGUUGCAUUAGAACCUUUCUCGGUAUCUAAACAUAGAAUUGAGUAAUUGUUUAAAUAUUGAUUUUUUUUAUUGGGGGUUUGCAUGUGUGAGUCAGUCGCUCAUGCACGAAUGUUUAUAACAUUAGUUGGGGCCUGCGAUAUACUAUUUUGGGAUCGGCCAAAUGUUGGCUUUGUGCUCAUGUUUUAACCAUUAUGCUUUCGUAUAGCGCUCAUGAGUGCAUGGAGUUAUUUGUUAAUCUGAAGGAUAUUACAGUGCCCUUUGUGUUUCUAAUUUUUCAUGUGUGAUAUAUGUAUAAUUGAUGAUAAAUAUGGAUACCGAUUUACCUGUCCGGUUUCCAAAAUAAACCGACAUUCUUGCAAGUUCCAGUAUUCUAAAAAUAUAUAGUCUAGUCCUAAAGUUUCUACUUGAAUUUAAAGUAUUCUCUGUACUUAACUUACUUUUAGUAAAUAUCUGUGAUAAACAAACCUUUUUGGUGGACCUUAUUAAACAAAGCGUGCAAUUUUUUUUUACAAAUGGACUGAUUUAAUAUUGGCCAAAGAGUACUUAGUUAUGUAUAUUAAUAGUUAGAUUAUAUUAUUGUAUAAAAGUUAGUGUUCGACGAGAAUAUGGCGUUACCUCCACAACAGUUCUGUGUCAGGUGGAACUCCUACCACACAAAUUUACAGGCAGUAUUCCCCCGCUUGCUCUUAACUGAGCAGUUUGCUGAUGUCACUCUUGCUUGUGAGUCAAGGCAGCUAAGAUGCCACAAGUUAGUGCUCUCAGCAUGUUCUGCGUACCUCGAACGGCUGCUACUACAAAAUCCAUGCAAACAUCCUAUUGUCCUCAUGAGGGAUAUGCGGUUCAGCGAGAUGCAAGCUCUCGUGGACUUCAUGUAUAAAGGUGAAGUGAAUGUCACACAGGACGAGUUGCCCAGUCUACUGAAGUCUGCUGAGGCAUUGCAAAUACGAGGUCUGUGCUCCGGGGAGGCGGGCGCGGGGGAGGGUCGCUCGGAGUCACGUGACUACACGCUGGCCAGCGACGCGCUGCUCGCGCACGCGCAGCGAGACGCUCCGACCGCCCAACAACACCAACAACAGAAACCAACGAACACAACAAACGGCCCGAAGAAAAGGAAAUCCGAGGAGAGAGAGAAAAACCCAGAAGUGAAAGAGGAGACGGUCGAAGAGGAUGGACUUUAUUACGGAGAACUGGACAACGAUCACUUGGAAUAUAACGAGGACGACGAAUCUGGCAAACCCGGCAGCAGCUUGGGGCAGACAUCAGGGCAAAGGUAUAUACGCGUUAAGCCGGAGAGCGAACUUUUUUUCCAUAAUAAACUCCAAAACCUAGCGAACUCGGAGUACAUGAGUCGCUUGUCUAAAAUGAAUCCCACGGAAAUACAAAAUGAAUUUUCGAAAUAUGGCCUCCAAAAUAUGUCAGAGGAUUUACAAAAAAACGAAAAUGACUUUUAUAAAUCUUGGCUAGAACAAAAUGGCGAAUUGGAAGUAUCCUUAUUAAAAGCUAAUCAAACGAAAAAAUCCAAAAACGACGUAAAAAAUCAGAAAUCCGAAGUCGAAUUGAUACCUAGGACGAAAGAUGCUACCACUAAGGAAAUUUACCCGAAAAUCGGGGAGAAGUUAGUCCGUAAACGUGGGAGGCCGCCUAUAUUUAAGGAUAAAAAUGUUGAUAUAGGCGAAACGGUUCUGAAGGCUGAUUUGGAUCAAUUUCUCGAAGGAAAGGAGGUUAGCUCGUCAGGGUUGUCCAGGAAGGAUCUGGAGAGAGUAAUGAUGGGGAAGUUUAACCCGAAUAGACGUUACUCGAACGAGGCUAUGUGGGCCGCUCUGAUGGAUGUCAAGAAAGGAGGAAGUAUAUAUAGAGCGGCGCAAACGCACAAAGUCCCGAGGAAAUCUCUCCGCAACUGGAUGAAGAGGUGUCAUAUCAAAUCCUCCUUCCCGAUGCCGCAGCAAUUGAAACAGUUUGUUGAGAAUAGCAAGAAGCAACGCGAAUAUAAACACGAUAUACCUGACAAACCGGAUACGGUCAGUUUCAACCCGGAUAUAGAUUUCGGUAAACAUUUUUUAACAUGUAACACAGUGUCCAGCGACGAUGAGAAAGUUGAGAAUAAUUGUAAUGACAACACUGCGAUUAAUAUGUCAUUACACGAAUGAAUUCGAAAUAUGAAUUAUUUUUUGCACUAGCAACAUUUUAAGAAUGGAUAUGUUAUGGAGAUUAAUUUAUGUUGCGAUUGUAUAAGAUUUAAAAAUGUCUGAUGUUUUCGUCGGAACGUAGAAUGUUAUUGCUUACAUACAGAGAGACGCGGUAUAUGAAAAAAAAAAAACAAUUAUAUAUAUAUAAUUAAAUAUUUUAAUUAAAAAUUAUCUGAAAACUUUACUGCCAAAGAUUAAGCAAAGAUUUUAUUAAAAAGAAAAUCGGUUUAAAGAAGAUUUUAAUUUUUUUUUUUUAUCAAUUAUUUUGCAAUAUUAAGCCCCAAAGAUUUGUAUUACUAUUUAUGUUUUAAAAAGAAAUGAAUUGAUUUUAAUUCUUAUGACGACUUCGUUAAUAUGGAGGUCUUGUCACGUAUAUUAUUUUUUUGUUUUAUUUAUUGGUUAUUAUUGAUUGUAUUAGUAUAAUAGUUAAUUAUUGUAGGAAAUGUGAAAAAUUGGCCUUUUCGAAAAUUCGUGUGCUUGUGGACUUUGUCCGGGAUAUAAAAAAGACUUAAUGAAAUUUUAGAAUAACAUUUUUUGUAAGUUACAUUUUGAUGUAAUAGCAAUUCUAUUAUAUAUGUUAUUUUUUUUUUUUUUAUU